AUGCAUGCAGACGAGGCUGUGCCAGUUGUGAUCGAUAACGGAUCUGGAAUCAGCAAAUCGGGAUUUGCUGGCGAGGAUUCUCCUCGCUCCGUCAUUCCUUCCGUAAUUGGACGUCCCAAGUACGAGUCGGUGAUCACCGCAAUGGCCGAGAAGGAUGCGUAUGUGGGUGAUGAGGCCCAAACGAAACGUGGUAUGCUCUUUCUCAAACACCCCAUCGAGCAUGGUUACGUAAAUGACUGGGAAGAUAUGGAGAAACUCUGGAAUCAGAUCUUCUUCAACGAGCUCCGUGUAAAUCCAGAGGAGCAUCCAGUCCUUCUCACUGACCCACCACUGAAUCCAAAGGCAAACAGAGAACGAAUGGCUACUAUCAUGUUUGAAACAUUCAAUGUUCCCGCAAUGUAUAUUGCCCUGCAAGCUGUUCUAGCCCUACAUGCUUCUGGAAGAAUGACUGGUCUGGUUUUGGACUCCGGUGAUGGAGCAACUCAUACUAUUCCAGUCUAUGAGGGUUAUGCUAUAACCUCAGCAAUCGAUAGAUUGGAUCUGGCUGGUCGAGAAGUCACGGAAUACUUAAUGAGACUGCUUCGAGGACGUGGGAAUGCCUUCCGAUCAACCUCGGAACGCGAAGUGGUCCGAGAGAUCAAGGAACGUCUAGCUUACGUGGCUCGAGACUUCGAGGAGGAACUAAUCCGUGCAGAAACCACAAGUGAAGUUGAAAAGAACUAUGAACUACCCGACGGCCAUGUUAUCACCAUAGGAAGCGAGCGAUUCCAAUGCGCAGAAGCACUAAUGCGACCAGCUCUGAUUGGAAAGGAAUGUCCUGGGUUGGCGGAAUCUGUUUUCCAGUCAAUUGGACGAUCCGAUAUGAACACAAGAAAGGAUCUUUAUUACAAUGUAGUGCUCUCUGGAGGUUCGACAAUGUUUCCUGGUAUGGCAGACCGACUAAAAAAGGACAUUUCUGAGAUGGCACCCUCGUCGGUAAAUGUACGGAUUGUGGCGCAACCGGAGAGGAAGUAUUGUGUGUGGAUAGGUGGAUCAAUACUGGGAUCGCUAUCUUCCUUCAGAAAGGUCUGGAUUUCCAAAGAGGACUACGAGGAGGUGGGACCGGGUAUUGUUCACAAGAAGUGUCUCUAG